AUGACUUCCGAUGAAUCCAAAUCCGGUCGGAAGAGACGUGAGAUUCGCGCAAAGAAACUGAAAACUAGUUCGCUGCCUGUGAAGCUCACGAGUGACGAAGAUGAAUCGAGAAACCUAGUCACGGACAACAAUAAGGGUCCGAAGAGAGGAAGGGAAGUCGAAUCCGAUGAUGAUGAGCCUCUUAUCAAGAAAGCGGCUGUUGAGCCAACGACUCACCUUGUCAAAACUUCAGAUUCGUACUUGUCUAAGACAAGAUUCGAUCACUUCCCAUUGUCUCCCUUGUCGUUGAAAGCAAUCCAGGAUGCUGGAUUUAAGACAAUGACUGUUGUCCAGGAAGCUACUCUUCCUAUCAUUCUCAAAGGUAAAGAUGUGCUAGCUAAGGCCAAAACAGGCACUGGUAAAACCGUUGCAUUCUUGCUUCCAUCAAUUGAAGCUGUUCUCAAAUCUCCUCCUGCAAGCCGGGAUAAAAGGAAUCCCCCAAUUACUGUGCUUGUGGUGUGUCCUACUCGGGAGCUUGCUUGUCAAGCUGCUGCAGAAGCAAACAUUUUGCUCAAGUAUCACACAUCUAUUGGUGUUCAAGUUGUCAUUGGAGGCACAAAGCUUCCUUCAGAGCAGAGGCGUUUGCAAAAAAGUCCUUGCCACAUUCUUGUGGCUACACCUGGAAGGCUCAAAGACCAUAUCGACAACACUUCUGGAUUUGCCGCAAGAUUGAUGGGUGUGAAAGUCCUUGUGCUUGAUGAAGCUGAUCAUCUCUUGGACAUGGGUUUCCGAAGGGAGAUUGAGAGGAUAAUCGCCGCCGUCCCUAAACAGAGACAGACAUUUUUGUUUUCUGCCACUGUAUCUGAUGAGGUCCGCCAAAUAUGCCAUGUUGCUCUGAAACGGGAUCAUGAGUACGUUAAUUGUGUUGAAGAAGGUUCUGAGGAGACGCAUCAAAAGGUCUCACAAAUGUACAUGAUUGCAUCGCUGGACAGACAUUUCUCGCUCCUAUAUGGGCUUCUUAAGGAGCACAUCGCUGAUAAUAACGACUACAAGGUUAUAAUCUUCUGUACAACUGCUAUGGUUACAAGAUUGGUGGCUGAUCUGCUUGGUCGGCUAAGCCUGAACGUCAGAGAGAUCCAUUCUAGAAAACCACAGAGUUACAGAACCAGAGUUUCUGAUGAGUUCCGCAAGUCCAAGCGUAUCAUCCUUGUAACAUCCGAUGUAUCUGCUCGUGGUGUUGAUUACCCUGAUGUGUCACUAGUUGUGCAGAUGGGAUUGCCAUCAGGCCGUGAACAAUAUAUACAUAGACUUGGCAGAACCGGGAGGAAAGGUAAGGAAGGGGAAGGUGUGCUAAUGUUGGCACCAUGGGAAGAGUUCUUUCUAGAUUCCGUUAAAGACUUGUCCCUAACCAAGUCUUCUCUACCGCCGAUAGACCCUGAGGCUGUGAAAAAGGUCCAGAAGGGGCUUGGCCAAGUGGAAAUGACGAACAAGGAGGCGGCUUAUCAGGCGUGGUUGGGUUACUACAAAUCUCAGAAGAAGAUUGCAAGAAACACGACCAGACUGGUGGAGUUAGCCAAUGAGUUUAGCCGCAGUAUGGGACUCACCACCCCUCCAGCUAUCCCUAGAAAUGUUCUUAACAAGAUGGGUCUCAAAAACGUACCUGGUCUUAGAGCCAAGUAG